AUGGCAGAAUAAGUGGUUCCUAGUAGAAUGAACUUGGCUUUGUACAAGGCUAAGAUUAUCUCAGCAAAGAAGGGUCAUGAAUUGUUAAAGAAGAAGUGUGAUGCUUUGAAAACUAAGUUCAGAAUAGUGAUGGUUGCUUUAUUGGAGAACAAGAAAUUCAUGGGUGACGAAGCUCAAGAAGCAUUAUUGUUGAUCGCAAAGGCAUAAUAUGCUGCAGGCGAAUUCCACUAAAAUGUUAAGGAUGCUGUAAAGAGAGCAACAAUCAGAUUGGAAAUCUCAAGUGAAAACAUUGCCGGUGUCAUGUUGCCUGAAGUAAAUAUUAGGGAAGUGGACGAUUCAGAUUCGAGUAUGAGUCAAAUAGGUUUGGCCAGAGGUGGUCAAUCUAUUCAAAGAUGCAGAGAUAAGUUUAAGGAUUUGUUAAUGCUUCUUGUUAAAAUUGCAUCAUAUUAAACUUCUUUUGUUUCAUUGGAUCAAGUUAUCAAAGUUACAAAUCGAAGAGUCAAUGCUCUUGAAUAUGUCGUCAUUCCUAGAUUCACAGCUACUAUGAAUUACAUUGAUAUGGAAUUGGACGAAAUGUCAAAAGAAGAUUUUUUCAGAUUGAAGAAAGUGCUUGACAACAAGAGAAAAAUAAUUGAAAAGUAAAACCAAGAAACAGCCAAAAGACAAUUGGAAGUGGAGGACAUGAAUUGGUAAGAGAGAGAGAGUUAUGAUAUGUUGGCAGAAGAAUAACCUGAUGAAGAUGUAUUCUUUUGAGAUAUAUACAUAUUGAAUAGUAACAUAAAUAACAAUACAAUUAAUA